UUGGUCCUCCACUAAAACACUCGAAACUCAAGCAAGCAAAUGAGCUCUAAGAGCAAAAGACCACCGCCUGGCCCGGUGGCUGUGCUGCGAGGCCACCGUGCUUCCGUCGCCGAUGCUUGUUUCCAUCCUUCGAGACCCAUUUUAUUCACUGGUUCAUCAGAUGGUGAGUUACGGAUUUGGGAUACAAUUCAGCAUCGGACGGUAUCAUCUUCAUGGGCGCAUAGUGCUGCUCAUGGGAUUAUAGCUGUUGCUUGUAGUUCUUUGUUGGAGACCAAUAAAAUUAUCAGUCAGGGUAGGGAUGGAACUGUUAAGUGUUGGGAUAUAGAAGAAGGAGGUCUCUCAAGGACACCUUCACUUACAAUCAGGACAAAUUCUUACCAUUUUUGCAAGCUUUCUUUAGUGAAGAAACCUGUUGCUAAUUCAAAGCAAGGGGAUGGAACUAUUGAUAUAGAACUUUCCAAUGAUAGUAGAGGAGAGAUAGCAAAAAAUCAAGAAGAGGGUUCCAACUCCUUUGAAGAUCAUCUGCAAGGUGGAUUAAUAGAAGAAACAUCUGUUGAAGGACUUAAGUAUGUGGCUAUGGCAGGCGAACAAUCUUCUGAGAUUGAGCUUUGGGAUCUCAAUACAGGUGAAAGGUCUGUACGGCUACCUCAAGACAACUUUGUUGGUUCUAUUAAGCAGAGAGGAAUGUGCAUGGCAGUUCAAUCAUUUUUGCUACCCGGAACAGAGGGCUUUCUUAAUGUCUUGGCAGGUUAUGAAGAUGGUUCAAUUCUUUGGUGGGAUAUCCGGUACCCUGGGGUUCCUCUAACUUCUGUGAAGUUCCAUUCAGAGCCAGUUCUAAGUUUAUGCAUUGAUGGAUCAUGCAAUGGAGGUAUCUCCGGGGCAGCAGAUGACAAGAUUGUACUUUACAAUUUAGAUUAUCCCACGGGUUCUUGCUUUGUUAAGAAAGAAAUUAGUCUGGAAAGGCCAGGCAUAUCGAGCACUGCAAUUCGGCCUGAUUCUAAAAUUGCUGCAACUGCUGGCUGGGACCAUAGAGUUCGAAUAUACAAUUAUCGCAAAGGAAAUCCUCUGGCAAUUCUGAAAUAUCACCACGCUACGUGUAACUCUGUGUCGUAUUCGACCAACUGCAAGCUAAUGGCCUCCACAUCGGAAGACACGACUGUUGCACUAUGGGAAUUAUAUCCUCCUCAAACUUGAAACUGAACUGGAUGAUAUAUAUAUAUAUAUAUCAAUAUGUUCAUAUUGUUUUGUGCCGUCUCAGGCAGGUGCAGGUGUCACGGUAUGCUUGUGAGCAAAGCCAUCCAAAGGUGUCUAGGCCUGUGACACAGGGUCUUGGUAUGUUAAAGAGAAGUUACUGCGAUAAUUGAACUUGGUGUUGAACCAACCAAUGUUAAGUUAAUUCCGUUAGGUUGAUUAAGAUUUAAGUCGGUCAGCUAAUGUAUGGGAUCGAUUGAUUAUACUGGUUUUUCUAUAACCGAGCUAGUCGAACUGAUCGGAUGUUUUCUCCUGUUGUAGAGCAGUUUUUUUUCCCUCUUAAAUCAAGUUUUAGAGCAAAUCCGGUUGGAUUUUUCAUUAA